AUCUUUCAUAUCUUUAAAUUUACGUGCUAAGCAAAUUCAGUGGAAAAGCAACAAAACUAUUUUAUAACAGCUAGAUAGAAAUAAUUUCAAGUGUGGGAUUUCUGAUUUUCAAUGGGAAGGCCUGAUGUGCACUUGGAUCGACGAGUAGCAGAAAAACAUCCGGCAAUACCAAGAAACAAUGUCAUAUCCACACCAUCUCUGGAUUUGUCCACUCUCUUCGACGAAACCAGCGAAACUAUGCCGAUGGAUCCAAAGACGAUGGCUGCAGUAAGAGCAGGUAAGGAAAAUUACCUGAGAAAUAAUAACAGUUACAUUAAGGUUGCUCCAACCUUAGUGAGCGACCGUGGAAAUACAAUACUCCAUCUUGCUGCUUCAUCGGGUCACGCAAGCAUAGUGCGUUAUAUAAUCAAAAAAUGCCCAGGUUUGCUAAUGAAGACAAAUCUGAUGGGUGAAGUUGCUCUCCAUGUGGCAGCAGGAGCAGGCCAUCUAGAUGUUGUAUGGAAUCUAAUUGAUUUCAUAAAUGAUAUAUCUUGUACUGACCUAGGUGUUGCAAAAAGGAUAUAUUUUGCUAAGAACAAAAACCAAGACACUGCUUUGCAUGUUGCUUUGAAAGGGAAACAUCUGGUGGUGGCUUCCUAUUUGGUCUCAGCAGAGAAAUCUUUGUCUUUUAUUGCGAACAGCGAUGGGCUUUCUCCCUUGUAUCUUGCUGUUGAAGCUGGACAGGCAGAUCUUGUGACAACAAUGUGUCACCAAACAAAUGAGUUAAGUUCAAAGGUUGGAGGAAGAUCCAUAGUACAUGCAGCAUUGAAGGCUAAAAGGAAAGGAAGGACUUCUCUUUCUUUUGGAGCAUCCAUAGGAUAUUAUCAAGGGUUUUGCUAUCUUUUGGACAAAGAUCCACACAAGGUUUAUGUCAGCGAUGAUGAUGGCUUAUUUCCAAUUCAUAUGGCAGCCAAGUAUGGUCAUGUUCAAAUUCUUGAGGAAAUCCUUAAGCGUUGUCCAGAGGCACUUGAGUUGGUUGACGUAGAUGGUCAAAAUAUUCUUCAUGUUGCGGCUAAGUAUGGGAAACUCGAAGUCAUCAAGUUUAUCCUAAGAUGUUGUAAGGAUAAGAACAAGAAAAGGUUAAUUAAUGAACAAGAUGUGAAUGGAAACACACCGUUGCAUCUAGCCACCACAAACUGGCACCCUAAAGUUGUGAGUAUGUUUACUUGGGACCACAGAGUUGACCUGAAAAAAACAAACUACAAUGGUCUCACAGCUUUAGAUGUUGCUGAGGAGAACAUUGAUUCGAGCUACAUAUUUCAUCAGAGAUUGACUUGGAUGGCUUUGAUCAAUGUUGGUGUACCAAAAAGUUCCAUUCCAAUUACAGAAAAUCUUAGAUCAUUCAAGAAGCCAGAUGGUGGAAAGUACAAAGAUCGAGUCAAUACUCUUCUGUUGGUUGCAACUCUUGUAGCCACCAUGACUUUCACUGCAGGAUUCACAUUACCUGGUGGUUACAACGACUCUUUUCCCCACUUGGGAAUGGCCGUUUUGGCCAAGAGAAUAGCUUUUCAAGUCUUUCUUGUAUGCGACACAUUGGCAUUGUACUCUUCUAUCAUAACAAUAGUUGCUCUCAUUUGGGCACAACUCGGUGAUCUUUCUAUCAUACUCAAAGCCUUCAGCAUAGCACUUCCAUUUCUAGGACUUGCUCUUACAUCAAUGUCAAUAGCAUUUAUGGCUGGCACGUAUGUUGCGGUAAGCCAUCUCCCCUUGCUUGGUUAUUUCGUUUUAGGUAUCGGUAUCAUCUUCCUACUGGUUUUGUUGCUGCUCCUUGUUCCUUAUGUGUCUCCAUAUGCUCAUUCCCAACCCCUUCUUCGACACAUUUUCUACUAUCCCUAUUUCCUUAAGCUUUUGGUUGCUGGUGACAACAAAAAUCUUGUUGGUGUGUACACUGCAUCAGAUGAAUGAAGAAACAUUAUAGCUUUUUGUUUUUCUAAUAAAAUUGUAACCAUGUA